AUGGCGAGUUCUGAUGUAGAUCCAGCUUCGGGUCCCAGUAAGAGUGGCUAUCGACAAGCUGUAGACGAUUUCUGUACAUUUAUUUACAAUGGUGAAACUGGUGAGGUUUGCGGCCGAACUGGAAAAAGCUGGGCAUUGAUUACCAUUUUCUACAUCAUCUUCUACGGAUGUUUAGCAGGAUUCUUUACAGCAACUAUUGCAAUUUUUUAUACAACUAUAGAUGGAAAUUAUCCUAAACUUCAAGGAACCAGUAGUCUUUUGAAAGGUUCUCCUGGUUUGGGCUAUCGGCCAAGACCAAAUUAUGAAUCUACUCUUAUUCGCUUUAACAAGGGAGACACUAGCAUGAAACCAUAUGUUAACAACAUCAAAAGUUUCCUUGCACAGUAUAACACUACUAAAUAUGAUAGUCGUUAUGAGAACUGCGAGUCUAUCAGCGGUGAACGUGAGACCAACAAGCAUAAGCCUUGUUUGUUUGACCCCUUAGCUCUUAAUGCUCCUUGUCUCAAUGAACCUGACUAUGGAUAUAAAAAUGGUACACCAUGUGUCAUCCUGAAACUAAACAAGAUCUAUAAUUGGAUCCCUGAGCCCUUCUCAAAUGAAACUGUCCCAUCUGAAGCAAGAGACAAUUGGGAUGGUGGUCACAUCACCGUGAAAUGCCAUGGCGAGAGGGAGUCCGAUGUUGAAAACUUAGGUCCAGUUCACUACUACCCGAAACAUGGCUUUCCAAUCAAAUACUUCCCUUUUCUGAACCAACCAGGCUACCAUGCUCCUAUUGUAGUGGUCCAGUUCAUGAAGCCUACUCGUGGAUUCUUACCAACUGAAAGAAUAAGAUGUUGCGGAUGA